UUAUAUAUGUAGUCCUCUUGCCUUCCAUUUACGUGCUAAAAGACUGAUAAUACAUCAGUUAUGGUAGAUUGAGAAUAUGUGUGGAGAUCAUUAAGUGUAUGUGUUCAGGGGCAGGUAUUUUUUUCCUGCAGAGGAAAAAUAUCAGAGAAAUUUUUGCCGUUGUCAUUUAUACUUGUUUCAAGCCAAGACUUAAAUGGUUCAAAAAUGACUUGGCAAACUUCAUUUUAAUCUGAGCCCGAAAUCUUUAGUUUGUGAAAAGCCCAAAAUGUACUGUCAUGUGGGUUAGAGAAGUUUAAUGUCAAUUACUGUGUUAGAAUCUUACAUAGUUUAACAAAUUUGAAAGAAAAAAUGAGGCUGGCAUGUAAGAAUGAGAUGUAGUUCAUAUAGAGAAGUUCGUUUUCUGUGCUACUUCAUUGCAUAGUCUACAAACAUAAAAUCAGACAGAGUAGUAUGAUAGAAUUAGUGGUUUUACACAUCAUGCUGAGUAAUAUUAUAAAAGCUGCUGCUGCUGCCAUUACGAUUGAAAAUCAUAUUUUGGUUUUAGCAAGGAAAUAUGUGGGCAAGCAUUUAUAAUAUAUGGAACUGUACCAUAUUAAUAUAUUGUCUUGUAAAAAAACUUGGUACUUUGUUUAUCUUAGAGGCCUAGUGUGGUAAUGGUAUUUAAAAUUUAAAUCAAUAAACAUUUUGGCAAUGAAUAUUGUUCUUAUAUAGCUUGGACUUUUUAUCCUAAUUAUAAGACCUGCAUAUUUAAAGCCUUUUAUGUUAUCAAGACUUUUUCUUUUAGGUUUUUACGUGGAAUGAGCAUUCCAUGUGUUCUCCUAGGCAUGAAUGAAGUGGCCUGGCAGGAGGGUGAGAGAAAUGAUGCACGCAAACAUUGGUCAGGAAACCAGUAGGGUUGGAGAUGGGGUUGUCCCAGCUGGAACAGUGGUCAGAGCAACAUCAGGGCCCAAUUCAGGUGGAAACACUUCUCACGCUGUCCCUACAACUGCAGUGUUAGGUGCUUCCAAUGCCCAGGUACCCCUCAGUGGAUGUUCUCAGGAUGCUGCCACAGUGGGAUGUUUCUUCCAGCGGCAGGCUGUUGAGCACUUGCGUGGCUACUUGAGCAAACACCGCUGGCCCACAGGAGAUAGCUUUUGGUUCGAUCUGUGGAUGAGAUGAAUCAUGAGUUUCAAGCUCUUGCCCUAGAAUCUCGGGGAAUGGGAGAGCUUUUACCUGCCAAAAAGUUUUGGGAACCUGAUGACUCAGCAAAAGAUGGACAAAAAGGGAUAUUCCUUGGUGAUGAGUGGAGAGAGACUGCAUGGGGAACUCCUCACCAUUCUAUGUCCCAACCUAUUAUGGUACAGAGAAAGCCUGGACAGGGUUUUCAUGGAAACAGUGAAGUAAAUGCUGUAUUGUCUCCACGAUCAGAAAGUGGUGGCCUUGGAGUGAGCAUGGUAGAAUAUGUGUUAAGUUCCUCUCCAGCUGAUAAAUUGGAUUCCCGGUUUAGGAAAGGAGCUUUUGGCACUAGAGAUGCUGAAACAGAUGGACCUGAGAAAGGAGAUCAGAAAGGCAAGGCUUCUCCAUUUGAGGAGGACAAAAACAGAGAUCUUAAACAAGGAGAUGAUGAGGAUGUUACUAAAAUAAAUGGCAGAGGUUUGCCAAAUGGAAUGGAUGCCGAUUGCAAAGAUUUUAAUCGUACCCCUGGAAGUCGACAAGCCUCCCCAACAGAAGUAGCUGAACGUUUGGGCCCCAAUCCCAGCACCACAGAAGGAUUAGGUCCACUUCCCAAUCCUACAGCCCACAAGCCUCUGGUAGAAGAAUUUUCAAAUCCAGAAAAUCAGAAUCUAGAUGCCAUGGAACAAGUUGGUCUUGAUUCCCUACAGUUUGACUAUCCUGGCAAUCAGGUACAAAUGGACUCUUCAGGAGCUACUGUAGGACUUUUUGACUACAAUUCUCAGCAGCAGCUAUUCCAGAGGACUAAUGCUCUGACUGUUCAGCAGUUAACAGCAGCACAGCAGCAGCAAUACGCCCUGGCUGCAGCUCAGCAGCCACACAUAGCAGGCGUAUUCUCAGCAGGCUUGGCUCCAGCUGCUUUUGUGCCAAACCCAUACAUUAUCAGUGCUGCUCCUCCAGGUACUGACCCAUACACUGCAGCUGGAUUAGCUGCAGCAGCUACCCUAGCAGGUCCUGCUGUGGUUCCGCCUCAGUAUUAUGGUGUUCCAUGGGGGGUGUAUCCAGCCAAUUUAUUUCAGCAGCAAGCUGCAGCAGCAAAUACCACAGCAAAUCAGCAAGCAGCUUCACAGGCACAACAGGGACAGCAACCGGUUCUGCGUGCUGGAGCAACUCAGCGCCCACUUACUCCCAAUCAGGGUCAGCAAGGGCAGCAGGCAGAGUCACUUGCAGCAGCUGCAGCAGCAAAUCCAGCUUUGGCUUUUGGUCAGGGUCUUGCUACAGGCAUGCCAGGCUAUCAAGUACUAGCUCCCACAGCCUAUUAUGAUCAGACUGGUGCCUUAGUAGUAGGCCCUGGAGCGAGAACUGGCCUCGGAGCACCAGUCAGAUUGGUGGCCUCAACUCCUGUUAUAAUCAGUUCUGCAGCAGCACAAGCAGCUGCAGCUGCUUCAGCUGGAGGAACAGCAAACAAUCUCGCGGGAGCCACGAACGGUCUAUUUCGGCCACUUGGUGCCCAGCCACAACAACAGCAACAGCAAACAAAUAGUAGCCUACAAUCCAAUUCAUUUUAUGGCAGUAACUCUUUGACCAAUAACUCCCAGAGCAGUUCCCUUUUUUCACAUGGUCCUGGUCAACCAGGAAGCACAUCUCUUGGCUUUGGAAGUAGCAGCUCUUUAGGAGCAGCUAUCGGCUCUGCACUUGGUGGAUUUGGCUCAUCAGUUGGCAGUUCUGCAAGUAGUAGUGCCACAAGGAGAGAUUCUCUAUCUACUAGCUCUGACUUGUACAAAAGAUCUAGUAGCAGCCUAGCACCCAUAGGGCAGCCAUUUUACAAUAGUCUGGGAUUUUCCUCCUCUCCAAGUCCAAUAGGCAUGCCUCUGCCAAGCCAAACGCCAGGACAUUCACUUACGCCACCGCCAUCACUUUCAUCACAUGGAUCCUCAUCCAGUUUGCAUUUAGGAGGACUGACAAAUGGUAGUGGUCGCUAUAUUUCUGCAGCACCUGGAGCCGAAGCAAAGUAUCGCAGUGCAGCAAGUACCUCCAGUCUUUUUAGCUCCACCAGUCAGCUCUUCCCUCCUUCACGCCUUCGUUACAGUAGGUCUGAUAUUAUGCCUUCUGGACGUAGUCGAUUGCUGGAAGAUUUCAGAAACAAUCGUUUCCCUAAUCUUCAACUAAGAGACCUUGUUGGACAUAUUGUUGAAUUUUCCCAAGAUCAGCAUGGUUCUAGAUUUAUACAGCAAAAGCUGGAGCGAGCUACUCCAGCUGAGCGCCAGAUGGUAUUUAAUGAGAUCCUGCAAGCAGCAUAUCAAUUGAUGACUGAUGUGUUUGGAAACUAUGUUAUACAGAAGUUCUUUGAGUUUGGAAGCCUGGAUCAAAAGUUAGCCCUAGCAACACGCAUACGUGGCCAUGUUCUGCCGUUAGCCCUACAGAUGUACGGUUGUCGUGUUAUUCAGAAAGCACUUGAGUCAAUCUCACCUGACCAGCAGGUAAUUAAUGAAAUGGUGAAAGAGUUGGAUGGUCAUGUUCUGAAAUGUGUGAAAGAUCAAAAUGGAAACCAUGUUGUACAAAAAUGUAUUGAGUGUGUUCAACCUCAGUCACUUCAGUUCAUCAUUGACGCAUUCAAAGGACAGGUAUUUGUACUUUCAACUCAUCCAUAUGGUUGUAGAGUAAUUCAGCGUAUUCUGGAACACUGUACUGCUGAGCAGACUUUGCCAAUCUUAGAAGAACUGCAUCAACACACAGAACAGCUAGUGCAGGAUCAAUACGGAAAUUACGUUAUUCAACAUGUACUGGAGCACGGUCGUCCUGAAGACAAGAGUAAAAUAGUUUCAGAAAUAAGAGGAAAAGUUCUAGCUCUGAGUCAGCACAAAUUUGCCAGCAAUGUGGUAGAAAAAUGCGUAACUCAUGCUUCUCGUGCUGAAAGAGCUUUACUGAUUGAUGAGGUCUGUUGUCAGAAUGAUGGUCCUCACAGUGCCUUAUACACCAUGAUGAAGGACCAGUAUGCCAACUAUGUUGUUCAGAAGAUGAUUGAUAUGGCUGAACCUGCUCAGCGGAAGAUAAUAAUGCACAAGAUUCGACCCCACAUCACAACUCUGCGUAAAUAUACCUAUGGCAAGCACAUUCUGGCCAAGUUGGAAAAGUAUUACCUGAAGAACAGUGCUGAUCUGGGGCCAAUUGGUGGACCACCAAAUGGGAUGCUGUAAAAGACAAAAAGAAAUGGAAGACAAAUUGAAUUGUGAAUGAUCAAAACAUACAACUUAACUAUAAAUGUUCUGAUUUUUUUAAAUCUAUUUAUUGACUUUGUUCAUCCAUUUGUAAAAUUUUUAUUCUUGUGUAUAUUUUUGGGGAGUGAAUUAUUAAAAAAAAAAAAGAAAAAAAUAUCUCCAGCCCUGAUCCGGAGACCUAUCAGAUUGGAUGGCUGGCAAAGCACAGAAUGCCUGUAUAUGAUGUAAUUGUAUCAAAAUAGCUGUCACAUAUUUUGUAAAUUUUUACCUUGUAAAGUCACUGAAAUAGUUUUUAAAGGGAAAAAGUACAGUAUUCUUUUAAUACACUGGCUUGCAAUCUGGUAGGUCUACCCAGCAUCAUAGCACAACAGGUUUAUAGAGUUGUAUAUAGAAUUAAUCCUUAUUUUUCCCUUUUGUGUGAAGUCUUUUAUACCAGAUUAAAAUUGAUCAGCUGCAUAAACAUUAUUUAACAUGUUGAAAAGUUAAGUUGUAUUUUGGUGGUUCACAACAUACUCUCCAAAUAACAAACAGGGCACAGCAAAUUAAAGUAGGGAAUAACAAAACAAUGGAAACUUUAAAAGACUCACUUUCAUCACUUGCUGUGGAUACAGGUUUGUUUUUUUUUUAAAUGGUGCCCUAAGGUUUUUCUCUAGCGAUGUAUUAAAAAUAAAAGUGCUGUAUAUACUUAUAUAUUUAAUUGUUGUACAAGGUAGAGGGAUUCAAAUGAUGGUGGUGCUUCCACUCGGUAAAGUACGCGGUUGGAAGAGGAGCGAACCCUGUAUUAACUUUACAGUCAGUUUUACAACGCAGGAAGAGUAGAGAUUUGUAUUUUUUUAUUUUGCAUAUAGACUUGUAAGGAUUUGAAAGUGUUGAGCAUUUAUUUUGCUUUCUCAUUGUAGAUGCAAAAAAUAGGUAUUGAUGAAGAGAAAAGGGGCCAUUGAAAAGUAAACUUGAUAGCUCAACAUUUAAGCAUGGUUGAUUAAAUAUUCAGAUAGCUUUUUUGCUUCCUAUAAAUAUAUGCAUUGUAUACGUGUAGUUAAUAGGUGUAAGUUUACAGUUUGAAAACAAAUCUCUCGUUUCGAUGUUUAUUACAAGCCUUGCUAAUUUAGUAGUGAUGCUUACCUUGGUUGUACAGAUGUACAUUUGUAAACCUUCAUGCUGUAAAUGUAAUUUGUUUUACCCCUUUUUGGGACAAAAAUUUGCAUUUUAGUGUAUAUUCAUAUCCCCAUUCCCUUUUCUCCCCCUGGCAUAUAGUGUUGUAUAAUGUAAAUUUAUUUCAGCAAAUCAAGAGUGAUUUUUUUAAAUUCUAUCUUUAUAUGGUUUCAGAAAUAUGAACCGGCUUUCUUUUUAUCUAUUGUGAGAAACAUUAUGUUUUGUUUAUAACAUAGCUGUCGAUUCUGUUAAUAUGGACACUUUGGAAAAUCAGUCUGUUCAAAUUUUAAGUCGGGAUAAUAAGCAUAGUAAGAAAUGGACUGAAAUAUUUGGUUAUCACAGAAACCAAUGCUUCUUCCAUCUUAAUAAAUGUGGCAUGAUUUUUUUGUACAGAAGAGUACUGUAUUUUUGAAUAGCCUUCUCCCAGCGUAAAGCAAAUAUGUAUGAUACUGUCAAUUUUUUUCUCUGGACAUAUGACAUUGUAACAGUAACAUAAAGAUGAUGUACAUUUACAAGCGGCCUUAUGUACAUUUCCCAAUGAUCUUUUUAAGGCAGAAUUGUGACCAUAUGUGUAUAAUUAAAAUCCUUUUUAAUCCUUUGCCUAUGGAA